ACCGCUUGGUCUCAGCAAUCCAAUUUGUCAGAUCAAAAGGUAGGCAGUCGUCAGGUUUCAUCCGACAGGAUGAUACGAGUUCACAAUCCGCAUGCGCAUUGAGCCUCAAAUAGGAAAACUGCCUUCAAAGAGGCUCAGUCCAUGAGCGUUGACAUGUAAAUUCACGAUUGGCUAUAUGCUGUUGCUAUGGCGAAGGAAGAAUAAACAUUUAGGGGAAGAGGCAACAUGAUGAAGUUAUCCGCACAUACUGUCUUACUGUAGUAUUGCCUAAUUAUGUCUGAAAAGAAAAAAGAGAAGAGUGUGGAACCAAAAGAAUCUGUGAUUCUGACGGCGUCCUACAUAUUUCCUAAUGGUGAUAAAUACAGCGGAGAGUGCAGUAGAUCUCUCGAAGGGAUGGUGAAGAGAGAGGGUUUAGGGACUCAGACCUCGGCUAAUGGACUCGUUUACACGGGGGAGUGGAAGGACGACAAGCUCAACGGCAGGGGGAGGCUGGAGCUCAUCUCCGGGGCCGUCUACGAAGGGGAGUUCAAAGACAACAUGUUCCACGGCGAGGGAACCUACACCUUCCAGAGCAGAUCCCGAUAUACCGGGAGCUUCCACAGAAACAGGUUAGAAAGCGAAGGAGAAUACACAGACGCCCAGGGGUUAGUCUGGACCGGAACCUUCCACGGCACGUCGGCUCCAGCCCUGAAGCUGAAACUCAACAUGUAACAAGCCAAGCCCUGGGUCACCUGACCUCCUGAUCCCUCUGCGUUCCGGGCCUCUUUCAGAAAAAGGCGUUACAUUGAGAGGCAGACAGCAGGAAGAAAGCAGUGCAUUGUGGGUGGAACAGAUCAGCGUUAUCCUCGCUCACAGACACUGAGACGUUUAUUUAGCAUGGCCUUUUUCCACGGAAGCUCCUGUGUAAUAGUGUUCCAAUAAAUCAUUGCUAACUGUGCUAAACCAUUCAAUUUGGUUCUGGGUGGGGAUUUGAAUAUCAAAAUAAGCCACACUUUAAUAGUAUUUCUGACCCGAGGUGAAAGUCACUUACUUAUCAGUCUGUUCUCCCAGUCAUUUGCACCCAGCAUGCUCGCUUCUUCAUGCUCCACAGUCGAUUCGGAAGGAGGGGGGGGGGGGGCGGACAAGCGCUCGCUCUCCUCUGACAUGCGCGAUGUCGAGCCGCUGCUUCUUUUCACACCGCGGUCCUCCAGCUGCGCUCAAACAGACGUGAGCCGGAGGAGGACUCUUCAUAGUGGCUUGAGCAAGUUGAGUGCGGGUUCAGGACUGACCAGCGGGGUCGCUGGUGAGCAAUGAGACCCGGUGAUCCCAGCUGACUAAACCCCCGCCCCCAACACCCCAGCAUGCUAUGUGAGCACCAUUGGAUUACUGUGCAUGGCAUUAAUUGGCCUUCUGUACCUGUCUUUUUGAAUUACUACCAAAUAAAGUAAGUCAUUCAGUCA